AUGGCUGAAGACUCUGAACCGUCAAGCCCAGUCCCACCUCCGACUUUGAGUCCGCCGACGAGUAGACACUUAUCAUUUAAUUUUCUUCGCUCUCAAAACUGGAACGGAGCAUUGGAACACUACUCCACAUCGUUGCCUCGUGGCUCGCAAACUUUCCUUGUGCAAGGCCGCCGAUUCGUCGUUCCGAAAGCUCUCUUGGCUCAAAAUAGCGAUGUUUUCCUCGAGAUCAGUCCUGAUGAAAAUUCCAAAGACGUCACGACGCUGGAUGAUCAUUCCGAAGCGUUCGAGGAUUUCGUGGAUGUUCUGUUCAAUCCUUUCACGUCCUGUUUACUUCGGCCUUCUCCUCCAUUGCGGAAAAUCCUACACAUUCUCCAAAUUUCAAACAAGUAUUGCUGUGAAGUUAUUGAGGGCCUCGCGCGCCCUCUGGCGGUCCGCAUGACGCAGAAGGAGAACAUCAGAUCGCACAUCAACUCUUCGCUCUCAGCAUUGAGCAUUUUCCGCAUCGGAAUCAAGGCAUCCGAGCCAUCGAUCUACCGAAAUGCAUGGGAAUUGAUUCUUGAAUCCUUCAGGGAGCAGAAAAUGACGUCCCGCGAUCUUAUAGAUGAGGGGCGGCGUUCUGGCUUGAGAGAAUUAUUGGCGUCUGCUUUCUACGAGGUCAUGAUCUUGGGCCGAAAGAAGUGGGACGGAGAGCCGGGUUUGACCUUACAAGAGCGCCAAGCUCUCAUAAGGGGUAUGCUAAGCUGUACUGAAGAUUGGGACGCUUUUGUGUCUCGGUUGGCGUCGGGGAACCUCGACGUCCCUUACCAGCGAAGCCCCGCCAUUUUUUCUCUGGGUAUGAUGCCUGAAAACGUCCCCCCCAAAACCCCCGUCCGCCAUUGUGACUAUCAUGACCGACACCAUUAUAACGCCGAACUUGCGACAAUUUCCCAGAUCAAUGCCUCCUAUGGAGUCCCUACAUACGACGUUAUGGGAAGGUUAUCGAGGAUCAAGCAGGAGGCUCUGGAUCAUCUUAUGAAUAGCAAUCAUCAUGAUGGCGGGUGGCGUUUUCCGUCUCACACGUGUUCAGAAUGCUGGGAUGAUGUUGUAUCUUGCGCAGACGAAACAAAAGCUUUCAUAGAGUCGCGUCUGCCUUUCUAUUUUCUUGAGGAACAACACCGGCGGAACCCUAGAGAGACUCGUUUCGCAGACGAAUUGUCUGAUAUAGACUCUCUUGAUUUUGAUGUCAAAUUUUGA